AUGAGCAAAGUUGACGUGAUGAAGUCUGAUACUUUGCUUCAUUUGGAGAGCAAAAGGAGAGCAGAGGAGAGAAGCAGAUCGAACUGUGUAGAGUUUCCUCAGAGCAGUUUAACAGACGAGCAGAACACAGACCUGCUGCAAUGCCAGGACACCACCGAAGACAGCUCUACUGUCAAGUAUAGAAGAUAUGGGUCUCGUCUGGGUGGGGUCAAAGUUCGCCACAAGAGACAGGUGCUGCAGGAUAUGGCUCGACCACUGAAACAUUGGCUGUACAAACACCGGGACAACCCCUACCCCACCAAGACAGAGAAGGUCUUGCUGGCUCUGGGCUCACAUAUGACUCUAGUGCAGGUUUCAAACUGGUUUGCAAAUGCCCGGCGGAGGCUGAAGAACACAGUGAGACAGCCAGACCUGAGCUGGGCCCUGAGGAUCAAACUGUACAAUAAAUACAUCCAGGGAAACGCUGAGAGACUGAGCGUGUGCAGUGAUGACACCAACUCAGAUGAUGAAGAGUGUCCCUUACAAACUCCUAUCAGCCAAUCUGACUUUGGCCGGUCAUCUUCCCACAAGAGCGUGCUCCAGAAACAGGGUAGCGUCCUCGCAAUGGCAGACUCCGCUAACAGUGACGACAGCGUGUCGCCUCCGUCUAAGUACAAGAGCAGUUUACUGAAUCGGUAUCUGAACGACACCCUGCGGCACAUGAUGGCAGCUAAGGCCGAUGGCGUCACCACGGCCCGCAAGAGGAGGAGCCACUCCGAGUCGUUCAGCUCCAACGAAUGUGAUCGAGAUGUUGUCUCCCCGGCGUCGUCCUAUGAAACAGAGGCCAACUUUGUCUAUCACAUGGGUGAGAGCCGCUGCACAGGACAAUAGCACACAUUAAAGCUAUAGUAUGAGUGGAUAUUUGUGCUUUAACACAAAUGUGCAUGCAAUAUCUGUAAAUAGAAUCAGGGAAACAUGUAAUGCAAAACACUCAUAUUAUGUGUAAAAUCGUGAUAUGUAAUCAAAAGAGGGUAGACCGGGAGAAAAAGUGAUGAUAGCACUCCCUGGCCACAGAAAUCAUUAAAGCAUUUUCCUUGUUAAUU